AAGACGGAAGGGUAGUUUGCGCUUCCGCCACAACUCUCUCGCGAGCUAGCAUUGAAUAGUGACCUUCUUGCUCCGAUCCUUGUCGUAUAGCUGCAUUUAGAGAUGGCGGGUGGUGCCUUUGCUGGAUGGUGGAGAAGGUUAGGCCCCUACUAUACCAAGGCAUACCAGGAGCUGUGGGUUGGGGUAGGAAUCGUGACUUACCUCUACUACAAAAUUUCAUUUGGAGGGAAGAAAGCAGUGAAGUCUAAAACUGCUCACUGACUGGUCCUCCACAUGAUGUGCCCAGUUCCCUCUCCCACCCUGUAAAUCUAUCCCAGAAAAGCUCCUCUGGCUGGUUGCCCAUGUUUAUGUGAAAUUAAUAAAGUGUUCCGUUUGGAUCA